CGCGGCGGCUGAGGGCGCGGCGCGCCGGGCGAGCGCGGGGAGCGGCGGCGCGGCCCGCGUGACCCACCGCCCGUGCGCCCGCGAGCCCGCGCCCCGCCGCCGCCCGGCCCAGCCGCAGGAUGCGCGCCCCGCCGUUGCUGCUGCUGCUGGCCGCCUGCGUGCCGCCGCCCUGCGCUGCAGCCGCCCCGACGCCGCCGGGCUGGGAGCCGGCGGCCGACGCGCCCUGGUGCCCCUACAAGGUGCUGCCCGAGGGCCCCGAGGCGGGUGGCGGGCGCCUGUGCUUCCGCAGCCCCGCGCGCGGCUUCCGCUGCCAGGCGCCCGGCUGCGCGGCGCACGCUUCGGCCGGCCGCUCGCUGCGCGCCAGCGUCCUGCGCAACCGCAGCGUGCUGCUGCAGUGGCGCCUGGCGCCGGCCGAGGCGCGCCGCGUACGCGCCUUCGCGCUCAACUGCUCGUGGCGCGGCGCCUACACGCGCUUCCCCUGCGAGCGCGUGCUGCUCGGCGCUUCCUGCCGCGACUACCUGCUGCCCGACGUGCACGACGGCGUGCGCUACCGCCUGUGCCUGCAGCCGCUGCCGCUGCGCGCCGAGCCCCCCGUCGUCCCGGAGCCCGCCGCGGCAGCGGAGUGCGUGGAGUUCGCCGCCGAGCCGGCCGGCAUGCGGGAGAUCGUGGUGGCCAUGACGGCGGUGGGCGGCUCCAUCUGCGUCAUGCUCGUGGUCAUCUGUCUGCUGGUGGCCUACAUCACCGAGAACCUCAUGCACCCGGCCUUUGGGCGCCCGGGCCUGCGCCGGCAGCCUUGAAGCUCGAGGCAUCCGCCCACCCGGGCUCCGCCUGCCCGACUAGUGCGCGGGAGGCCCCAGGCCCUCGGCCCGCCCUCCCCUCCUCGCUCCUGCUCCCGCCUUAGGAUCUCCACCCAUGGUCUGCUGGAGACGGAUGGGGCACCGACCGGCCCAGGCCAGGGCCCUGGAGUCGUCGCACGACCUUCCCAGCUGAGCAGCCGCUUCCCAGACUCCAGCUCGAGACUUAGUCCUGUGGCCUGGGCAGGCCGCUCUCCAGCAGCCUUUAUGGGGGCCGUCAGAGCCUAAGGCCUCUUCUAGUAAGAGCCAUUGGCACCCCCCGGGACGUCACCUUGUAUCUCCAGCCUGUGCUGAGCUGGAAAAACCAGGCUGUCGUCAUGACUUGGUCACUGUGUGCUUUGCCGACUCGAGGGGGCCCCUUGGAGCCUGUUCACUUCCCGCCCCACCCCAGUGGGCUUAGGUAGCUUUGUGCCUUAGUAUCUUGGGUCCAGUGCGGGAGCCACCCACCCGUCCAGUGCUGUCCACAGGAGGUCUAUGGCCCUGAUACUGGAGGCUUGUGCGGGCUUCUGGCCAGAGCCCCCUGGGGACCCUCCCUUCCAGCCUUGCAGGAGCAUCCGGUUUGGGUAAGCAGCAGCCAAGCGUCCUGUGGUUUCCCCAUGUGGGUAUCUGACAAGCUGGGAGCCACCACUUAGCUCAGCAGGCAACUGAGAAUCUAGCUGUUGUGUCCAGGAUGAGUGUCCUCUGAUUUGGGGCAGUUCAUCAGGGCUGGGCUCCUUCCCCUUUUGUGUGUCUGGUGAAUGGGGGCAGGUGGCCAGGAAGGUGGGGUCUGAAAGAACAGUAUUGCGUCCAGAGGGCAGAAGAUUAGAUGCCAGCCUUGCCCAGCUGGACCUUCCACUGUGGUCUGGACCCCAAGUCUCAACCAUAGCACGAUGGACAUCACCACCCCAUCCCCUCCUGGAGCUGGCGGCCAGGGGCCCGGGAUCUGGCUAGAGAUGCUGCUGCCCACCUGCCUGCUCACCCACUCACUAUGGACUGAAGGCUGGCCUUGCCCCUCUCCAGAGAGACCUGAGUGUCCUGGCCAAGGCUGCUUCCUACACCAACCACCUGAUGGUGCCGGGCACUGGGAGGGGUGCAGCAUGGCACACCCGGCUCUCCGCAAGCCCCUGACUGUGACCAUGCUGGACCUGGCAUGUCUGGAGUCACUGUGGCUACCCCUCCCCUCCCCCUAGUAGCCACCAGCGACCCCAAGCCCUGGCUAGUGCCCCCGCAGCGCCCACUCCCUACCUCUGUCUGCUCUGCCCGCCCCUGGCGUGGCACUGGUCAGGUGUGGCCUGGCACCAGUGUCUAAAUGUCCACCAUUCUUAGACCAAAA